GCCUUCUCACGCUGCUCAGCGCCGCCAAGCACUUGCUCACUGUGUACCGCGACGACGACGACAACUAUGAUUCUCCUCGAGCCUCACAACUAUAUUAUUCAAACGACUCUUGCCGAGAAAUGCAUCAAACCGAGCACUCUCGAUGUCCAAUUCGUCGACUUUGAUGGCGUACGGUUUCAUCUCUCGUCUACGGAUCGCAAGACUUCUCUUCUGCUGUCGAUGAGCAUUCGGUGCUGGGAUGAGCUUGUCAACUAUGGCGUGAACGAUGUCCUCAAGCGCGAGUACGGAGCGAUGGUCAGGGCAGAGCCAGAACCAGAGUAUAACGUCAGUCUAGAUAUUGACUUGGAACAAGUCCCCCCUGAGGGUGAGGAACGCGAUGCUCUCAUCAAGUCUAUCGCGUUAAUCAAGCGCAAUGUCCUUGCUGCCCCUUUCGAGCUCGCGUUUCAAACACAGAAGCAACUGGAGGCGUCAGGAUCUGGUCAGGGCGAUCUUAUGGCCAUGCAUUAUCGAGACGAAGAGGCGAUCUAUGUGCAAGCUUCACCGGAUCGAGUUACCGUCAUCUUCUCUACCGUCUUCAAGGAGGAGACCGACCGCAUAUUUGGUAAGGUCUUCCUCCAGGAAUUCGUUGAUGCUCGUCGUCUGCCAACUAUUCAAAGCGCUCCUCAAGUCCUCUAUACAACGCGAGAGCCACCUCUGGAGAUUCGCCAUGUCCCUGGCCUGAUUGAUUCUGACGACGUCGGUUAUGUCACAUUCGUCCUAUUCCCUCGUCACUUCAUCAACCCUGAAGUUGCGUCCGCAACGAUCAGUCACAUCCAGCUUUUCCGUGACUACCUUCAUUACCACAUCAAGUGCUCCAAAGCAUACAUGCACUCCAGGAUGCGCCACCGCGUGACCGAGUUCCAGAAGGUGCUGAACAGAGCCAAGACGGAAGUUGCAGUCACGGAUAGGAAAACAGCGAGUGGUCGGUCGAUGAUCCGUCUGACAUAGGAAUGCCUUAGAUUACGCCGAGGGGGUGGGACGGUUGUCACGAGUGAGUUCUAAAGCUGCGAAACGGUCGUUACGACGAGUGCACGAAUCCGUGGACGUACUCUUGGCAUCUGAAGCCCGGUCGAAAUCGCACAUGUUAAAAACGGCCAGAAACCGCGCGAGUUUUAAGAGUUAUUUUUGCUGCUGGAGACAUGAUUUCUGGACUGCAGCGUUGCACGAAAGUGGUUCAAACUCGUUCAGAUGGAUGCUCUAUACAUCUUACAGCCCGCUGAAAGCCGCUCUAAACUACGGUCCCAAUGCAAGCUAUAUUUUGCCGUUCGCACCCCUCCUAUACCAGUGUCCCCAUAAGGGACGUCCGUAGAGUCUGCAGCUAGGGUAAAUACAUAGUAACCAAGUAAGUCGACCAUGUAAAUGACAAUGGAU